UAGAGGCUGACUGGGUGGCAGAUUUCGUACAGGCUGAGCAGGAGCAUGGAGGUUGAGGUCGCCCGCGGAGCCACAGAGGCUUAUCCUGUGGACACCCUGGAGGACGACCCGGAGGGCUAUUGGGCAGCGGCGCUGGCUUACUACGAGCUGCUCAGGGAAAGGGCCCAGACCGCAACAGAGAUUAUCUCCCUUUCUACCGGGGAGCAGGUCACACUUGAAACUUCAUCUCUUUGUUUUUGCACAAUGUACCGUGAUGAACCUCAACAUAAAAUACUGGUUUUGGUUAAUCCCCAGGACACAAAGACAGUUGUGGCUGUUUACUUAAAGGAAUCCUGGUGGUCCAUCGAAGACGUCCUAAGAACUUCUGAUCCCACACGGGAAGGGCUCGUGAAGGUUCAGUCCUUUGGGGAAAGGAUUGUUCUUUUUGUUCUUAACACCAUCGUUUUUGGAAGACUGGAGAGAAGGCUGGACAGCGAUGACAUGUUUUUCUUACCUCACCCUGCGCAGGAGCAAGUUAAGAUUCUGUGGAGAGAUGGCGCCGCAGUUGGAUUUUACUCAAUCAAAAUGAAAGGCAGCCUCUGUGGUGAUGGCACCAGUGCAUGCUACCUGCUGCCUGUCUUCGACACCGUGUUCGUGAGGAGGAAGAACCGUUGUCAAGGCCUGGGGACAGCCAUGCUGAGGGACUUCUGUGACACCUUUCAUGGAGAUGAAGCCCUGGGUAUCAGUUGUCCGAUAUCCGCUGCAAUGUACAAAGUCCUCAGGCAGUUCCUGUUGACCUGUCCUGGAGAGAGAGGGCGCUUAUGGGAGGUGGAGGCCCCGGGGGCCUGGGGCCAGCGCGUUAACAUCUGGCUCAAGGUUUAUCUUCAGGAGCGCCGACUUCAGGAUGGAGUGGAUCGUUGGGGACCCGAGAGGACGCAGAAUGACUAACUGUGUCAGAUGAGAAGAAGAAGCUCGGGUGCCCCUGAGACUCUCCUGCUGAGAUGGAGGGGACAGUGGCAGUCUCUGGGCUGCUUGGUGUGUGAGGAGGCGAGUUAGGUGUGAACUCUGCACCUGACUCCUCAGAGGUCCGUCUGGCUUCUUCAGGAUCCGAGCCUGAGGGUUUUAUGUGGUCCGGAAUCGUCUCUGGUCCUGAGGGCUGGUGUUCAUUAUCUCUGGAUCCCCUUGUAGGCUCUGGAAUAACAGAGUCUGAAGAAGUGCUUGGGCAAGCCGAAUUCUCAACGGAAGUCACUUCUGUAAGCCAACUGUUGGCAGAUGCAAGACUUUAGAAGCCCAUUCACCAAAACCCAUGGACUGAACCUCUGAACCUGCAAGCCAGCCCUAGUUAUGUUGUCUUUUAUAAGACUUGCCUUGGUCAUGGUGUCUUGGUCACAGCAGUAAAACUCUUAAGAAACACACACACACAUAUACACAACCAUAUACACAUGUAUACACACACACAUACAUUCUCUCUGUUUCCUUUGAUUCACUUCUAUAUCCCCUACCAGUCUGUCCUCUCUUGUUCCUCCUUUCUCCACCUAUCUACCUAUCCAGCCAGUGUGCUUUCUGUGGGACAUCAAACCAAGGCUUGGUGUCAGCCUUGGGGAGCUGCUUUCUCUGGGUGGGCUGCCUUUGAGUGUCCCCCACAGUUUCUCUUCCUAUCACGCUCAUUGCAAAGAGGGAGGGGCCCAACUGUGAAGAAGCAGAACUUGCAGCUCCAUACCUGGACAUCGAGAGGACCUCGUUUGCAUACGGGGUCUGUGAAGGAAGCCAGGACCACAGACAUGCACUGAGCACCUGAGGGGUGCUUUGUGUGGGACCCCACACCUCCUUUCACAUGUAGUUCAUGUGUUGUGGAGAUUUUGUCUUUCCUGUUUGUAUGAACAUCAACUCAUAAGUAUCUGAGAUUUAUUGUCAUGAUUGCUCAAUAAAGACCU